UCCCGAACGGAAAUGACUUCACCUCGUGUGUUCAGCCUGGCUGUUCUUCUGCGGCGAGGAGGUUUUCAGUAUUUUUAGGAUGUCUCCUUCCACGUAUUCUCUGUUUUGGGAAACGCAAAAGUCUUCAUCUCGUUUGUAAUCAAGAUGUUUGCCGGGAUGGUGAGGUUGGAGUCCCAGGGCCGCUCCACGUCGAACAUCGACAGCAACAUCAUCCACCGCACGCUACACACUGGGAUGACGGAGGGUGUCCCAGGUGCGGUGGCAGCGGGAGGCAGCUCUCGGAAGAGGCUUCAGAGAAGGCCGGGGUAUAUGAGGGGGGAGCCCGCGGGGCUGCAGGAGAACACUCCCAAAGCUGAGGGCAGGGGGCCUGGUGUGACUCUCAGAGAGGCUAGUCUGGGCACUUCGAGGGGCACGGACAUUGACCAUCACAGGGGGACCACAGGCUGGGGUGUAACCUCAGGUGCCCGCCUAUCCUCCGUUAUCGGAGUGUCCCUGGGUGGCCAGCUGCCAUCCACAGAAGUUGGGAACAAGUCAAGCCACUGUCACGGGAGUGGGCGUGCCCCAUCUGCGUCUCAUCAGGAAAACUGCCUGCCAAAAGAGCAAAAAGCAGCACAACAGGACAGCCCCAAGCACCAAAGCAGCCCCAGGGUUGAUCCUGGACCAGGGGAGCUUUGCCCUUCCUCAAUCCACAGGAGCUGCUCACUGGAUUCUCCUGCUGAAGAACACUUCACCUCCAGCUUCAGCUUCAUCCGGCUGUCGCUAAGCUCCAGUCACGGAGCCGAUGACACAGCAAAUGACUCCGCCCCAUGUUCCUCAGGCCAAUCAGGAUCUUCUUCAUCUACUCAGAUGGGACUUGGAUCUGCCCUCUCUGACCAAUCAGGGUGCAGUCCUGUCACCUUGGUAACAGACAAAGCCCCAGAGCCCUUCUUCCGCAAGGAGCUGGGAAGGGAACCUGUGGCUGCACAGUGGGACAGCCAGGGGGUUGAGGGUGACCCCGCUGUGACCUCCGCCGACCAGAAGGAUUGCUUAACUGACUUGGACUCCUGCUCCCUUGAUACGGAGGCCACUUCCUGUCUGUCGGUGGACUCCUCUGACACCGCCUCGGGCUCCUCGGUCACCUCCGGGUACGAGAGUGCCACGCCCUGCUCGGACCACGGCUGGGACGCCAUAGUGAAGAAGUACGAGGGCGUGCUGCAGGACUGCUUACAGAACAAUCGCACCAAUGCCAAGAUUGAGUCCAUGAUGUUGAAGUUACAGAGACUUCAGCAGAAGGCAGUCCUGGAGGAUGAUUAUGACACAGCCGAGCGCUUUGGGAAGAAGCUGGAGGAGCUCCGGAGGGAGAGGAACUCCCUGAAGCUGGGUCUGCCCUCCAGACACCCCGCCGUGGCCCGCUUCCUGGAGCGCCUGAGGGCGGGGGUGCAGAGCGCCCUGCAGGAGGCAGCAGCCAGCGACGCAGGGGAGAGCCAGGAGCCCCCGAGAGAGCAGAGACGAGGGUCGUCCCAGAGCGGGGAGAGUGCACAGUGUCCCCUGGCGAGGAGAGACCGCCUGCUCCAGGAAAAGCAGCUUGUUCAGGAGGAGAUGCAGGAGCUGCAGCGGCGGCUGGAGGCGCUGCAGGAGCGCAGCCGGCAGCUGGAUCAGGACAUCCUGCAGGAGGAGCAACUGCUGGAGGGGGAGGAGUGUGAGGGGCCGGCCCUGCGCUCCUGCACCCCCGCCCAGCUGCAGGAGCUCGCCAGGGCGCUGGAAGACCUGGUCACCUCAGAGCACCGUGCCCAGAUCUCCACCCACCCGCCCCCGGGCAUCCUCAGGCUGAAGAAGCAGGAACAAACCCUGAGCACAUGCAUCAAAGAGGCCACAGCCAAAGUGGUGAUGAGUCAGAGGCUGGGCGGCAGUCUGCGGAGGAAGGUCAGUGCCAGCGAGACGCAGCUGCUGGCCCUGCACGAGGCCAAGCUGGCCGCCAUCUCAGGGAAUGAUUUCUCCAGCGCGAAGGAGCUGAAGGUGGAGAUGAAGUCCCUCUACGGCGAGCGGGACAGGCUGGAGGGCCUGGUGAAGAAGCUGCAGGCCCUGAGUUUGGAGAACAGCCAGGAGCUGACGAGGAUGAAGGAGGAGCAUCGUCUGCUGAAGCAGGAGCUGGAGCAGAAAGAGGCUCAUUUUGAGAAGACACAGAGGGAGAAUGCUGUAAAAUACAUCGAGGUGUUAGAGGACAGGCUGCACAGUUGUGGCUGCCCGGCGGUGGAGCGGGUGUGGGAGGCCGACCUGGAGGCCUGUCACCUCCUGCUGCGGGGGCUCCAGCUCAGGGCCCCCAGCUGCUGUGGCCCCGGGAGCGAGGAGGGCCCCUCUGCCCCGGAGCCCCGCCCACAGCCCCACGACCGGCCCUGCGACCAGCCCUCCCCGAAACAGGAACAGGACUGUGCCAUGCUCAUGGCCCUCGGGGGGCGCUGGUACCCCGAAGCCAACCUGCAGCACUCGGAGUUCACCAAGAAAUUGGAAGAGUUCCUUUUCUGCAUGGAAGACAAUCAGCCCGAGGAUUCGUCCAGCGAGGCCAUGGAGAUCACGGAACGCUGUGAGCUGAUCGGUGACAAGCUGGCAUCGCUGGAGGAGCAGCUGCAGACGGCCAUUUUGGACCGUAACCAGGCUCUAGCUCAGUCUCUGCAGGAGGAGGUCCAGGAGGUGAAGGCCACCCUUCAGGCCAUGCUCAAGCAGCUGGAGGAGGAGCAGGAAGUGGAGGAGGACGAGGAGGAGGAAGACGACAAUGUGGGGGAGGAAGAGGAUGAGGACCACUACUUCAGCGACAGCUGGAUGAUUUAACACUUGAUUGCCUGUCAUCUUACCACUCACUGAGGACCUGACACUCUGUGUCUGAGACUUGAGGCAGAUGCCAUGUCAUCAGUUUUCAGAUCACUGUACCUCUAGUCUCACCACCAUCUGUCUUUGGAAACGGGCACACUUUAUUAUAAGGUGCCCCUUUUUAUCAUGUAUCAGAAGUGUCAGUCCAGGGGUAAGGUGCAGUUUGAUGUAUGAUGAAAUAACACUCAAGAGCAUUGUGUUUUCACUGAUAAUCAGGAGACUGGAUUUCCAAAAGGAAAUGUGUGAUGGUUGAUUCUACAGAUUUAAAUUAUCACUUAAUGCCUACUUAAUACUCCAUUUAUGGAAUGCUGUAUUGGCAGUUGUGCUGACACUCAUACCGUGUUUCAACUCUGAACAGAUUAGGAAUAAAUAUUAUGAAUAUGACAUUUAGAAAGGGAGCUAAAAAUAGCUCUUCCUUCAAAUAAAGUGUGACUUCGGAACCCUGGAGAAUAAUAUUGAAGCUAACACUUAUCUGAAUGUAUCAGAUUAGUGUUGCGCUUUCCCAAACUUCAAAAAGCAAUGGAUGCAAAUAGGAUUUAGCUACAUGAACAUGAAAGAAGGAAUAAUGCUACAUUUAGAUUGUUGUGUAUCCCAAGAUACAGGAUUUCAGUGAAAUCCAUUAAGCGUAUGUAGGAUAAGACUAAAACCACACACACACACAAAAAAAGAUCCAUUGUUGGAAGAGGCUUAGGAUGGACACCAGAAUACAGGCUUACUUUAUCAACGCGCGUCCAGAAAGCACAGAAAAUUCUUCCGUUCCAAGAGUGGUUUAUGAGACCAAAUUAACCCUGCCCCCUCAAUCUAAACUUUUACAGGAAGUGAGGGGCUGCUGGGUUUGUGGAGCAUGCACAAUGUAGCAAGUUGUUUUUGUUGUCGUUUUUUGUGUUUCUUUGUGUUAAGACAAUUUUGUAUGCCAUAGUUGAAUUACAGGCAAAGUAAUAUUUUCUGUAUGCCUUACCUAUGUAUAAAUGGCGGUGCAAAGAUUAUUGAUCAUGCUCUUUUUUUAAGCUUGACACUUUAUCUUUCCAGACCCCCUUGUCAUCACUGACUGGGGAUACCAGUGGAGCACCAUUGGCAUUUUCCUAUGAGCUGUUCCACCGGCUCACUGUGCUCUGACGAGGAGGCGUCUUACUCACGUAUGUGCCUUUAUGAUUAGAUGGACCGUCCACGUCCAGCUGUGUAACUGUAAUUGGAGAGAAGUCACUCUGCACAGAUUAUUCCUUAACUGCUGUUUUGUGUUUUUUUUUUUCCUUUUGUCUUAUUAACCAAGCACUUUGUGUUAAAUGAAGGAAUGUCAUAACCUGGCGGAAGGGGAGCACCACUUCUUUAUAGUCCUUGUGCUGUAAUAGAGCAUACUUAGUAAUGUUUUUUUUCUUUUUUUUGUGCUCGUUUUGAUAAAUGUCGCACCCUUUUUACUGUAUGUCCGUUUAAUCCAUCGUAUUUGAUUUUGUAUUUAUUCUGUUUUUUAUUAUUCUUGCUAAAUACAUACCAAACACAACUCAGC